UGUUCCCAGUUCACUUCCGUCGACGUUCAGGCGUCUAUGCAUUUUCCAAUGGAGACGCCGGCAAUGUCUCAUGGCGUCCAUGCCAUGGAUAGGCUGUGACUGUUCCCCCUCCUCUUUCACAAACGCUCACCCAGAAUCAUUCAAAAUGCCACCUUUCUGAUGAUUUUCUCUCUAUACCAAUAUCCCCCUACAAGGCUCUCUGUUCAUCCCCAACAGCCGUCCUCCACGCCUCAUUUUGCCCUCAUUUCGUGCGCUAACGUCCCAACUUAGACUGACAUGACAAGAGGCCGACGAAAGGAUCUCACGAUCCCUCCGUCUCGUGCCCUCCUCCAACAAAGAGACUACCGAGCGCGCAAGGCUCAGUACUUGGCUGACCUCGAGGAUCGCGUGCGUCGUGCCGAGGGGGAGAAUGUCGAACUCAAAGAAGAGCUCGAUCAGUUGAAGGCGAGGUUGCGACAGGAAAAUGGGGGCGAUUCGGCUUAUGGGCAGGAACUCGUGGAGGCUUCAUCGGAUUUAAUGCAGCACUUAGCAGCAGCUUCUACAUCUCUUGCGCGCUUCCAACGUCUCGCGCUCGACAAGCCUUUGGUACCUCCCGAUAUACGCAUGGACACGGAUGAACCUAUGACCAGCUCCAGGUCGUUACCUCCUCCGCGAGCUCCACCCAUCUCUGGUACCAUGCCAACCUUGUCUGCUUCAACCUCUUUGCAACCACCACCUCCUGGUUAUGCUACGCACAGUCAUUCUUCGCAGAACCAAUACCAGCAAUCCCGAUCAGCAGAUCAUUACCUUCAGACACCGCCUCACACACAAUCAGCUCGACCACAAUCCAAUUACACUUUACAUCCAGGCAGACUUGCACCUACCAAUGGUUACGCAACUCCUUCACAAUCCAAUCAUCCUUCACCUUACGCUCCUCCGAGCCCUACCAAUUCCAGUCGCAGUGGUGACAGCAUCUCGCGCAUGACUGCUUCUCCUCGCGGAGAUCAGCUUCCGUCCCUGCACCAAUUGAAUUUACCACCACCGCUUCGACUUCGCGGACCCCAGCAUGCUUAUGCUCAACACCCCUCUCGACUUCACCCUGACCCCAAUCCUCCCUAUCCCAAUGGCAAUACACGCUCGCCUCCUCACAAUUGGGCUGAUACGGCGCAUGAUUUCAGAAGUCGUGAGGGCCGCAGUCAGCAAGGUUAUCGCACUACCCCCGGAGAGGAGAGCGACUCCGAAUCUGAUGAUGAUGAUCACCGUAAUAUUCCCUCUGCCGCGCCAGUUGGUCGAGUAGGGCGGCUUUCGUUGGUCACUUCGGAUGUGAGGUCUGGCUCAAGUAGCAGCUCAGGCUCUGAACGCGCCUGAUCGAAGGGGUCGGAAGUUUACAAUCUCCGUGGUGGCCAAAUCCACUCUACACAUGCAUCAUCCUUUUGCUUUAUCGCAACUCUAUCUUGGAAUCGUUCCCCUUUUGCUCUGCUCGUGUUCUCGAAGUCCUGUUAUUUUUUUCCAACCCUCUCUCCCUCUCCCUCUGCGAUGUCAAUCCCUCGACAUCGUUUACUAGACAUAACUCCCCAAACCUCGAACAAUUCUGGUUGUGACACUGCUUGGCCUGGCGUCUUCUUCUUCGGAGGGGGGCGUUAGUGCCGGGUAUGUUCGCAGCUGUCUGCCUUGUCCCUUGGUCUCGUCUUUUUUUUUUUGGCUCCAAUCCCCUAAUCUAUUGAUGAUUCAGAUGCUGAGCCUGGCCUCAUCUUCUUCGGAGGGUGGCGUUAGAGCUUUCGUAGCUGUCAUCCUACCCAUAACCCCACAUUUGUAAAUUGUCUCUGGCUUGACUUGUUUUUUCCUUCUCCCGUCACAGUUGCUGUUUCUCCUGCUUCUUUCCUCUUCGGAGGGGGGUGGGAGGGGGACGCAUACUGAUUGACCCCUAUAUACUUUGUUAUCUGAGAAUAGUUACGCGUGGCCUGGCGUGAUCUCAUCCUUGUGUUGGGGCUGCGUUAGUGCUAUAGUAACCUAUGUAUCUCUUCCGUCUUGCAGACUACUCUUUUUUCCGGCUUGUAUUCGGUGUCGUUGACGACUUACGAUUUGUACUACUAUACUCCACAAAACCCCAAUCUGUUGCCGUUGUUGUUGUUGAUGUUGUUGGUGUUGUUGUUGUUCUUCAAAUGUUAUUAGUGUAACGUUGUUCUUACAGCGUUUUUGUUUCCAUUCCAGCGUCUUGCCUCAAACCUCCAUAUGAAUUCUAGACUAC